CUGCAGAGACCUGUUGCAUGUGCUUAAUGUGUUCAUCGUAAAAUGCUUUUUUUUAAUGUUUAUGUUUAUAUUUAUAUUUAUAUUUAUGUUAAUGGUAAUAUUAAUAUAGAAUUAUUAUUAUUAUUUUGAGCAACAGAGAUGGUGUGUCAGUGCACGUCCUCGCUUCUAGAUGGCGCUGUCGGACAACAUGAUUCAUUUAUAAACAUUUGCACGUGCUGUGAGUCUCUGAAACUCAACCUAGUUUUACUUCACAAAACUUUCAAAAAAGAGGUUUUGAAUUAAAAAUGUACUUUGACGGUAAUGUAAACACAUUUAUCAAAAAAUAGGAGCCGCAAAAAUCUCGAAUGAACACAGAACGCAAAAUGAACAGCCUGUGGAUGGGGAACCUGGAGCCAUACAUGGAUGAAGAGUUCAUACACAGAGCUUUUGCUCAAAUGGGAGAAACGGUGAUGAGAGUCAGACUGAUCCGAGACAAAAUAACAGGGGAAACGGCAGGAUAUGGCUUUGUGGAGCUGAUAGAUGAGACAUCAGUAGAGAGAUGCCUCCGCAAAGUGAAUGGAAAACCUUUACCUGGUGCCACUCCUCCAAAGAGGUUUAAGUUGAGUCGUACCACUUAUGGGAAACAUGGCGAAAGCCGCUCUACAUUCUCCCUCUUUGUGUCGGAUCUCACCCCGGACGUGGAUGAUGGCAUGUUGUAUGAGUUCUUUAAUUUUCAUUUUUCAUCUUGCUGCAGUGGGAAGAUAGUUCUGGACAGCAGUGGAUACUCAAAGUGCUGUGGUUUUGUGAGCUUUGAGAGCGAGAGAGAGCAGAGACGGGCUCUGGCAGAACUCCAGGGUGCUUGUGGACUCGGGAAGAAACCUUUACGCCUCAGUCUGGCUGCAAAUAAACUGAAGAAGAAAGAGUCGCCUGAGAACCAAAAUACGCAAUUCUAUGCAGACAACUACAACAUCAGUAACUCAUAUCUGAACCAGUACUAUUACCCACAAUACUCCAGCAAUUCAUCUACAUAUGUCUGGAACUAUGAUUACAACUACUUAAAUCAUUCCCAAAACAUCCUACAGGUAGAUGUACAGGGUGAAGAGAUGGAAGAUGAUGAGCUAGAGUAUCCAGACUCUGAGAUAAAUGUGAUGGAGGCAAAUGAGAGAUUUAUGGACCAGAGUGAGGAACUUUACAGUGCUCUGAUAGAUUGUUUCUUCCAGCCUCCUGAAUCAUGGGACGGGGUCACCUGUAGUGUUACAUGUUACCUACCAGAACCAAUUUAUCAACAUGAGGAUAUGGACUGAGUAUAUGUACUCUUAUUUGUUCACAUUUACUGUUUGUUUGUAUUACAAAUCACCCAUUAUUAAGGUAACUGACGAUGUAGAUGAAAUCAUUAAAUAAUUGAAUUAAUAAUAUUAGUUGAUUUUUUUUUUUUUUUUUUUUAAGAAUGCAGCUUAUGCAACACUGUAUGUGAUUUAUAAUGUCACUGUAGAAGUGUAUAAUUGAAAUUAAUUCAUGUUUGUUUGUUUUGCCGUGUUGUUUUGGUGGGAAGUGUACAAUAAACGUUAAGUUUAGUAAAA